CUAUCCCGGAGCCCGUGCCGCUUUAGGGGGAAGGAGGAUGUUUCGCAACCAGUAUGACAAUGAUGUUACAGUUUGGAGCCCACAGGGCCGAAUUCAUCAAAUAGAAUAUGCCAUGGAAGCUGUGAAACAAGGCUCAGCUACUGUGGGGCUGAAGUCGAAGACUCAUGCUGUCCUGGUUGCUCUCAAGAGAGCACAGUCUGAGCUCGCAGCUCAUCAGAAGAAAAUCCUGUACGUUGACAACCAUAUUGGUAUCUCUAUUGCUGGACUUACUGCUGAUGCAAGACUCUUGUGCAAUUUCAUGCGUCAGGAAUGUCUGGAUUCUAGAUUUGUGUUUGAUAGACCUCUGCCAGUUUCUCGCCUAGUGUCACUAAUUGGAAGCAAAACCCAGAUACCAACACAGCGUUAUGGCAGGAGACCGUAUGGAGUAGGACUGCUCAUUGCAGGUUAUGAUGAUAUGGGUCCUCAUAUCUUCCAGACUUGUCCCUCUGCAAAUUAUUUUGACUGCAAAGCAAUGUCUAUUGGUGCUCGUUCACAAUCUGCACGGACUUACUUGGAAAGGCACAUGACUGAAUUUACUGAGUGCAAUCUAAACGAGCUAGUUAAACAUGGACUGCGUGCCCUGAGAGAGACUCUUCCUGCUGAACAGGAUCUGACCACCAAGAAUGUUUCCAUUGGAAUUGUUGGCAAAGAGAUGGAGUUCACCAUCUAUGACGAUGAUGAUGUAGCACCAUUCCUAGAAGGUCUUGAGGAGAGGCCACAGAGAAAGCCUGCUCCACUUGCUGAUGAACUUGCAGAAAAGGCAGAGGAGCCAAUGGAGCACUAGUUGGUGGAUGAGUUCCUCUCUAUCAAUGUAUGUCCAAUUAUACAGGAAAGUUUAUCCAUUUGCUGGUAACUUUAUCCUCACCUAUUUCUGCCCAUACAUUCUGAGGAUUACUCUUCAAAAAAGAAAGAAAUAAACCCGCCUAUCCUUAAAAGGUACACAGGAGGUCAUAACUGGGUGUUUCACAAGAAAGUUGUAAUCUUUUCUAAAUAGUACAUGAAACUGUUUUUUAAUAAAAAGUAUACUGUCUUAAACUUGUAAGGACAAGUGGAAAUAAAUCACUUUCUUGGAA